AUGAAGUAUCUAGGCUUUGUCCUAGAUAAGAAACUUACGUGGGUCCCCCACCUAACAGCAGUAAGAGACAAUACGAACAAAAUUAUGAAUAGCCUGAAUAGAAUGAUGAGUGCGAAAUGGCAACUCAAAGGAAGUCUGCUAAAAGAUCUAUAUCUACGAGCAGUAGAACGCAUGAUUCUAUAUGGAAGCCCAGUCUGGAUGACUAACACAGUCCGUGUCCAGACCAAGCUGGCACAGAUCCAACGUAUUGCCCUGCUUAAAAUAACAGCGGCAUUUACCACGACCUCGACAGCGGCACUACAAGUCUUGGCAGGAGUCCUGCCCUUAGAUCUCAUAGCCCAGAAAGAAAAGCUCCAAUACCGACUCCAACAUUACCAGGAAGAUGCGUCAAUGGAAGGCACCACCAUAGUACACUAUCAGACAAUAGAAAGAUAUAGGCAUGACGCCACGAAGCAUCCAGCAGAAAUCAGAAAUAUAAUCUGGCGAAAAGAGCAACAGGACGGCUCACACUUAGAAAUUUUCACAGAUGGCUCAGGCAUCAACAACCAAAUAGGAGCGGCCUUCGUUGCCUUCCUCGACAAUAGGAUCAUCCAUACAGAGUGCUACAGACUCCCAGACACAGCUACAGUAUUUCAGGCCGAGUCUUAUGCUUUGCGACAAGCGGCACUAUGGGCAGGAAAUCAGCCCUCGAGUCACCAUGUUAAAUUCUAUACGGACAGCAUGAGCGCUCUCCAGGCACUAAACAAAAGAGGCAAAGUAGCGGAGCACAUAGCCUCCCUAAAGGAAGUUCUACACACUCUAAAUACCGAGCACGAAGUAAAGAUAAACUGGGUCCGCGGCCAUGCAGGACUUAGAGGAAACGAGACAGCUGAUACUCUUGCUAAAGAUGCAGCAAAUUGUUCGGAAGUAGACUCCUGUAUCCCGAUUUCUAUCAUCACAGCGAAAAAGCUGAUAGACAAUUACCUCCUCACCGUCUGGCAAGAACGCUGGGAAGAAGAAGACAAAGGACGGCACACAUUCCAAUUCUUUGACAAAGUCAGCUACAAGAGACUAAGAUCUGAUCACCACCUAUCUCAGGCACUGACCAACCACGGUAAAUUCCCAGCUUACUAUCGAAGGUUCUUGAAUCGUCAAGCCAAAUGUGCCUGCGGCACCCCAGGACAUCAAGCGGACGUUUUUCAUUACAUCUUCGACUGCCAGCUGUUAGAUGACCUUCCGAAGCAAGACACUUUCCAAACCACAUCAGGAACAUUCCCACUGUCCUCUCUAGUAAACGACUUCUACCUGGUCAAAGGCAUUCACCAAGAUCAUUCACAGAGGUCAAUUUCAAGAUCCGACAUCAUCAUCGAGGACCUAAAGAGUCAGCUUCUUCAGACCCUGCUCCAGACACGCAGCAGCAACCAUGUGACCUUCAAGACCUAUGUAUAUAUUCAUCCUAUUCUAAUUGUAAUCUUCAUAAGUCAACAACAGAUACAGUUGACAGCUUUAUAUUCAAAACUUUAA